AUGGACGAGCUCGAUAGGUUUAGGACGAGUGUGUUUGACUUCCUCAAAGAGGAUAGGCCGUUUGAGCUGGGAGAGGAGGUGAGAGCUGAUGAAGCACAGGACGCUGGUGGAGAUGCUGAUGCUGAGAUUGAACCCCAAUACAUACGCCCAAAGAACCAGUUCAAGGGCCAGAAGUACGGCGUUGGUCUUUCCAUCAUGAAAAAGAUGGGUUACAUAGAAGGCCAAGGGCUGGGACCAAAUGGUCAAGGUAUUAAGGAACCCAUUGAGAUACAGGUAAGGAAGCCUGGCACAGGUAUUGGUGCUUCUCUCUUGGGCAUCUCCAAGGAUAAGAAUGAAGAGUAUGACGAUGAGGAAGAGUCAAGCGACGAGGAGUACUACAAGGAUGUGCCGAAGAAGUCGUUUUACCAGAUAAUCAAGGAACUGGAAGAAAAUGACGUAGAGGUACCUCAGUCGUUAAAAGAUCUGAGCGAUAGCCACAGCUCCAAACAACCAAUUGGCUCAUCUAAAGAGGCCAAUAUGGAUUUACUAAACCAGCUGAACAACAUCAAUACUCAGGUGUUGGAUAUCAAGGCCAACUUGAAGGUGCUGGAGUUUAAAGAAUCUCAAGAGCAGGCACAAUUGAGUGAAUUAUCUCAAGAACUUGAUUCCAUUAAAGCCCUUGAAGACGCCUUAAAGGUCGUGGACAUAUCUCGUGAUAAGAGUCCGCUAGAUACAUUGUCCAACUACAGGACCGUGCUGCACGAUGUAUCUAUUGAUAAUCCAGAAGUUCAGAGGCUUGUUGUUUUGGCAAUUCAGCCACUCGUCAUUAAACUGUUCCAAGAUUGGGAUCCAUGGGACUUGACAGAUUUUAAACUACUGGACGAACUAAUCCAAUGGAAGCCAUUGAUCUCACCUAUCACCUCCAUGGAAGGAUUGGACUAUUAUCAUUCCCUAAUAUCUUCAAAUUGGUUACAGAUUGUAAGACCAGCGUUUGAGAAAUGGGAUACAAAUGUUCCAACUUUUGCCAUAUCUAUAAUAGUUGAUUGGGAAGAAGUUCUACCAAGAGAGGUGAUAACGAACAUAAUGGAGUACACUAUACUUCCAAAAUUGUUACAGUCAAUCGAAUCAUGGACAGGAUUAGAAGAUGGGCCAAAUAUAUGGAUCUUUGAGUGGAUUCCUUACCUAACCUCAACCUUCAAAGACCGAAUCAUUAACGCCUUCACAGCUCGAUAUGAUUCGUUAUUACAAGAAUCAACUGAUGGACUCGUUGGAAUGGCAUGCUAUAAAGAGUUGUGUGGAUCUGAUACAACUUUUGAGAACACCAUGGAGUUGAGGGUACUUCCAAAGCUCGUUACUCUAGGUAUGAAUUGGAAUUUCCAAUUCAACAGAGCCGAGAUCAAUUCAUCAAUUAUCGGUAAGCUGAAGCAAUGGAAACACUGGUUCCAAGAGGGUGUAUACGUGAAGCUUAUCCAGUUGUGUAUCUGUAAUAGCUGGUUAAGGUCGUUAUUUCACAGUCUGAACCAAAAGGAUGCCAAUUACUCCACCAUCUCUCAUUGCAUAAAACUUUGGUAUGAAUCGCUAAGUGAAUUGGCUAAUGUUCAACAACAGUUCAUCAAAGGCUUCGACAUGAUUAACAAGUUUAUUGAAACUGGACAGCUAAACCCAGUCCAUAAUCCUAGGGAUAAAUCCCAAUACCUCCGAGAAAUCUGUUCAAAAGAAGAGGACAAGAACUCAAGAGGAAUACCAAUUCAUAGGUUACAGGUAUCUUUCAAAGACUGUGUUGAUGAUUAUUGUUCUGAGCACGGAUUAAUCAUGACUCCGUUAACUGGUCAAGCUUCGAAUAUAUCAGAGAAGAACAUGUUCAAGAUAACAACUGGAAAAGCCAAAGGAUUAACCUGCUAUAUUGAACAUGACGUUUUAUUCGUGAAGACUCCUAGUCAGGAUAGAGAGUACACUCCGAUAUCACUGAAUCGAGUCGUUGAUCUAAUAUAA